AUGACCACCACCACCACCACGGCGCCGGCGGCGACCAUGAACGUUGCCACGGUCGCGCAGCUCUGCGCGGGGCCGCGGCGGCGCAAGACGGCGGCGGCGGCGGCAGGGGAUCGGGUCGACCUGCGCUGGGCGCCCCUGCUCCGCCUCGCCGUCGUCACCAGGGUGCUCCGCCUCGUGCGCGACCAGCUGCUCGCCUGCUCCUCCUGCGGCGGCGGCGGGGGCGGCGCCGCCGCCGCCGGCCGCGGCCGGUACCGCCGCCUCGGCCCACCCGCCGCCGGUCCCGUGCUGUCACCGGUCGACAGGAACGACGACUGCGCCGCCGACGCCGACGCCGCGGCCCCUCGCGACGCAGCUGACGACGUCGACAACGUCGUUAGCCUCAAGGUCAGCCUGCUCGGCGACUGCCAGAUUGGCAAGACCAGCUUCAUGGUUAAGUAUGUGGGAGAUGACAGGGAGGAGCAGAACGGCUUGCAGAUGACGGGCCUGAAUCUCAUGGACAAGACGAUGGCUGUCAGGGGAGCUAGGAUCGCCUACAGCAUCUGGGAUGUGGCAGGAGACCACCAGUCCGUCGACCACAUCCCAAUCGCGUGCAAGGACGCCGUGGCGAUCCUGUACAUGUUCGAUCUCACGAGCCGCUGCACGCUUAAUAACAUUGUAGAUUGGUACGAGAGGGCGAGGAAAUGGAAUAAGACGGCUAUUCCAAUCCUAAUCGGGACAAAGUUUGAUGACUUUGCUCAGCUUCCUCUUGAAAUGCAAUGGGCCAUCGUUAACCAGGCCAGAGCAUACGCAAGAGCGAUGAAGGCGACCCUCUUCUUCUCGAGCGCGACGCACAACAUCAACGUGAACAAGAUCUUCAAGUUCAUCACGGCCAAGCUCUUCAACCUGCCGUGGACGGUGGAGCGCAACCUCACCAUCGGCGAGCCCAUCAUAGACUUCUGA